UAUAAAUCACACACACAUCACACACAAACCACACCUACGACUCUGAGACCAGCAGAAGUCAACACACACACAUCAGGAUACCAGAUCAGUGAAACAGGAAACAUGGUGGAUAAGGUUUAUAAGAAGACCAGUGGUAACGGUCAGCUCACUCUGUACCUGGGAAAGAGGGAUUAUAUUGAUAAUGUGGACAGCGUGGAGUCUGUUGAGGGUGUGGUGAAGAUUGACCCCAAAGACCUAGGGGACAGAAAAGUGUGGGUCCAGCUGUGCUGUGCGUUUCGGUAUGGUAAUGAGGACCUGGACGUGAUCGGGCUGAUUUUCAGGAAGGACAUUUGGAUUAAUCACAUCCAGCUUUAUCCUGAGGCAGGACACAAACCCCAGCUCACUGACAUGCACAACACACUGCUGAAGAAAGCUGGAGAACAAGCGUAUGCCUUUACAUUCGAAAUCCCGACUAAUCUCCCAUGUUCCAUCACUCUGCAGCCUGGACCUGAUGACCAGGGGAAAAAGCCCUGUGGCGUGGACUUCGAGGUGAAAGCGUACAUAGCUAAACAGGCAGAAGAUCCGAACGAGAAGAUUGAUAAAAAGGACACGUGUCGUCUGAUUAUCCGUAAGUCACAGUUUGCACCAGUGAACACAGGAACAGGACAGAAAGCAGAACUCUGUAAGAGCUUCAUGCUGUCAGACAAACCACUGCUGCUGGAGGCGUCUCUGGAGAAAGACGUUUAUUAUCAUGGAGAAACAAUUCCUGUUAAAGUGAAUGUCAAAAAUGAAACGAACAAAGUGGUGAAUAAAGUCAGAAUCACUGUUGAUCAGACGACGGAUGUGAUUCUGUACUCUGCUGAUAAAUACACCAAAUCUGUGCUGAAGGAGGAUUUUGAUGAGACAGUGGAGCCGAACUCGUCAUUUGAGAAAGUUUUUCGCAUCACACCGCUGCUGGCUCAGAACAGAGAGAAACGAGGACUCUCUGUGGAUGGAAAACUCAAAUAUGAAGACACAAACCUGGCAUCUACCACUCUUGUGAGGUCGGGGAUGGACAGGGAGAUAUUGGGAAUCAUGGUGUUUUAUAAAAUCACAGUUCAUCUGUUGGUGUCUGGAGGAGGGCUUUUAGGAGGUCUGACUGGCAGUGAUGUGUCAGUGGAGUUGCCUCUGACUCUGAUGCACCCCAAACGCACAGCGUGAGUGAGGAGCUCAGCGGUGAACACACACCUUCAGCAUGGAGAACACAUAGAGCUCCUGGAGUCCUGACCUACUGAAGUAAUGUAGCACCUGAGUACUGACCACACUACAGUCCUGCAGAGUAUAGGUUACACACAUUACACACACACACACACACACACACACACACACACACACACACACACACUCACUCACACACACACACACACACACACACACACACACACACACACACACACACACAC